AUGGAUUCGCUACAAGCGAUUGCAAAGCUGCUCAACCAGACAAUGGCGCCAGCGGACUCGGAAAAGUGGAUACAAAGAUGUGAGUAUCCUUAGGAGCAGGGGAGGGGCACGGCAGCUGCUGGCUCACCGGACGGAGGCGUUGACACAUUGCGCUCGGGCCUCGGCCGGAGCAGACGGCGCGCCCAUCCUCCAAGCGAUUCUUGAGGACAGGGAUCCUUACAAAAUCGCCGUUGAAGCCAUUCGCGAAGCGAUCUACCCGAAGAAAGGCCCGGCCUUCAUGGCGCAAUUAUGGACACUCGUUGGGCUGUUUUCCGUUGCGGUCGUGCUCACUCUGCUCAGCAUUGUGCUUCGCCUGCGCCAAGGGCGCUUUUGGCUGUUUCACCGAAUCGACUCGAGAAUCACGAUGCCCAACAUUUCGGUCCACAACAGUUUUUGGGCUUUCGUCUACCAUUGCUGUGAGUCUACAAAAUAUUGUCAAGAAUUCUAUUAUUUUCCGAACGAGUGCAAGUGGACGGGGCUAACGUCACUUCUCUCCUCCUCAUCGAAUUCCCCUUCUCGGCAGUGAGCUUCGUCGAGCUAGCCAUAACAAGCAGAAUCGUUUCCGGAUCCUCAUAUCCUUCAUGGUACCUUAGUUUUCAGGAUGCUCUACCCCUCGCCCUCUCUGCCGGUCAGGUGACGGAAGUGUGGGCCACAUUUGGAAGUUCCUACAUUCGCAAAUUCGGCUCGCAUCACGACGAUCCCCACAUCACUUCAAUUUUAUACCAGUCACUCCCUUUUAUGUUCGCUCUGAUCACCCUUGUUCCCUCCUUCACUUUGCUCGCGAUCCUCAAGCGUUCUCUGGAUGUCGUUCUCAUAAAUGCAAACGUGACCAGCACUUCGCUCGGCAAGCUCUCGUCAGCUUGGGUACCCGGUCAACCUAUGGUCUUCUCCAACCUCGAAGGAAGUCUUAAAUCUCUCGGUCCACUCGUUGCCAGUAUACGAAGCCUCUCGCUCUGGAGAAAAGUCACCAACAGCUAUAUAGGAUCCGUGCUGUGCAUCACAUCGAUGGUUCGUUGUUCCUCUUCCUCUCAGCUGCUACUUCACUCCUCCUUCGCAGUAGCUUACCAUGGGUUUGACUCUUUUCCUACGUAGCUCUAUAUCACAGCCGCCGUCGUCGAAAUCAACCAUCUGCGGAAUCAAGCGCGGGACCUCCGUCAGAGAGUCGGCCUCCCUCUCGCCCCGUUCUCACCGAGAAAGCCGGAAGACGACAAUCAAGCGUCACCCACGGUUUCUCCCCGUGACUACGGCGCGACAGCCGAUGUUGAUCUGAGGAGUCACCUCAUGUGGGCGCAAUUUGAUUUGUCCUGUUCUUUUGACUACUCGCAGCAAGCUGACACGCCUCUACCGGGUCCCUCCACAGCGUCCAAGCCUCCCUCGUCGAAUGGGCCACCAAGAACCGCCUCCUUGUUUCCACCUUGAUCUCCCUCAUGCUCCUCUCCAACACCUUCUUAUCUUACAGUCUCGCCGCCACUCCCGUCUCCAUCAUCCUCAACUCAGGUCAAGUGCAAGAUAUAGCUCUGAUCGGCGCCUGGAUCAAUUCCGUCCUAUCCUUCCUCGUCGCCAUCCUCAUCCUCUUCCGAUCACUCGGCGAUGGAUCGAAUGCUCUGCCGAAAAGGUUGCGUCGUUUCGCGGCUUACUUACCUCUGCCACCUACGACGACAAUGACGACGAGAACGACGAGUGUCACGACCGCGUAUGGUCAGAAACCUUUGGUGGGUGUUAGUAUCGACGUAUCGACGAGCGUCAUGGUUUCGAAUGCCAAGUCGGACGAAAAGCGUUCGGAGAAGAUGCCGGCGCCGACGAUGCCGCAGACUCGGUCCGAAGAUCGGAAAGCGACCCUUGGCUCUGCCCCGGAAUCAUCGAUACAUGAGGUCGAGAUGGUCUGA